AUGUAUGCCGGUGUUCCAGUGAAUCUCGGACUUGCAUCGAAUGUGUUCGUCUACUACGCUAUCAAUACUGAAUAUCGUGACGUCAUCAAGCAGAUGUUCGGCAACGUUGUCAAAGCGAAGAAGACACAAGAAGUCAGCACAAUGCAUGGUUUCAGCAGAUCCAAGACCACGACCAACGGCAUCGUUGUGGUGCAUGCCUAA